CUGACCUGCUGGGCCCAGGAUGGGCCGGGGGCGGGUCCAUUUAAAGACCUCGGGACAAAAGCGGUCGCUGUCUGUGCUCCGUGCAGAGACAGGUGCAAGCCCAGCUGGGCUGGGUCCUCCGUGUCACCGAGCCCAUCUCCUGGGGGAUGGGGUGGGCUGUGUUUUCUUGACGGAUUUUUGAGAGCCCCCAACCCCCGGCGGAGCGGAGGAUACCAUGGUCCCUCAGGGCUCCCGGGCUGAGCUGGAAUUCGGAGGACCCCUGGGCGCUGCGGCACUGCUGCUGCUGCUCCCCGCCACCAUGUUCCACCUGCUACUGGUAGCCCGCUCGGGCCCGGCGCGCCUCCUGGGCCCACCCCCUUACCUGCCGGAACUCGAGGAGCUGUGGAGCCCUUGGGCGCUGUUGCUGUGUCUCACCUGGCUCGGCCUGCAGGCGGCGCUCUACCUCUUGCCGGCGCGCAAGGUGGCCGAGGGGCAGGAACUGAAGGACAAGAGUCGACUGAGCUACCCCAUUAACGGUGCUUGGGGGCUGGGUCCUUGCGCGGAGUUGUGGGGAUGGGGUUGGAGCCCCAGGCCCGGUGGGGAGGUCUAUGGAGAUGAGCCCGCGACCCCAAUUUCUAUUUUGUGCCUCUUUUACGCCCAGGACGUAGGGGGUUCCACUGGCUCCCUCCACACCCCUCCUCCCUCCACUCCCAGCAUUGCUGCCACUCUAUGCACCAGAGAAGUGGCUGGGGUGACCCUCCGAAAGCUAAAGUGUCUGACUAAUGGCUCGGGACAAGGCUUCCAGGCCCUGGUGCUGACAGCCCUGUUGGUGGGCCUGGGAGUGUUAGCCGGGCUGCCCCUGAGCGCACUCCCGGAAAUGCUCCUGCCCUUGGCCUUUGCGGCCACCCUCAUCGCCUUCAUCUUCAGCCUCCUUCUCUAUCUGAAGGCUCUGGUAGCCCCUGCCUCUGCCCUGGCACCCGGGGGGAACUCAGGCAAUCCCAUUUACGACUUUUUCCUGGGACGGGAGCUCAACCCGCGCAUCUGUUCCUUUGACUUCAAAUAUUUCUGCGAACUGCGGCCUGGCCUCAUCGGCUGGGUCCUCAUCAACCUGGCCUUGCUGAUGCAGGAAGCAGAACUUCGGGGGAGUCCCUCACUGGCCAUGUGGCUGGUCAAUGGCUUCCAGCUACUAUAUGUGGGUGAUGCCCUUUGGCACGAGGAGGCGGUCCUCACCACCAUGGACAUCAUACAUGACGGGUUUGGCUUCAUGCUGGCCUUUGGGGACCUCGCCUGGGUACCCUUCACCUACAGCCUGCAGGCCCAGUUCCUGCUGUACCACCCAGAGCCCCUGGGGUUGCCCCUGGCCUCGGUCAUCUGCCUCAUCAAUGCUGUUGGUUACUACAUCUUCCGUGGAGCCAAUUCUCAGAAAAACACCUUCCGGAAGAAUCCUUCUGAUCCCAGAGUGGCUGACCUUGAGACCAUCUCUACAGCCACAGGGCGACGGCUGCUGGUGUCUGGGUGGUGGGGUAUGGUCCGCCAUCCCAACUACCUUGGAGACCUCAUCAUGGCUCUGGCCUGGUCCUUGCCCUGUGGGGUGUCCCACCUGUUGCCCUACUUCUACCUCCUUUACUUCACUGCGCUGUUGGUACACCGUGAGGCCCGGGAUGAGCAGCAGUGUCUGCGGAAGUAUGGCCUGGCCUGGCACGCAUACUGCCGGCGUGUGCCCUACCGAAUCGUGCCCUACAUCUACUGAAGCAGCUCCACGUGUCCCAGGUCGGGCCACGUGCCCACCCAGCUGCCAGCACACCCAGCACCAGGAGCCUGGACUCACCUGGCACUCAAGGGCCUGCACCCUACCCUGCUCUGAGCUCCGACAGGCAGGGGUGAACAGCCUGAUAGGUGGUUGGAGCAAAAGGGGAAAACGAAGACAAAAUGGAGUGGAGGGGCUGCUCUUCCUCCUUGGAUAAACAUCUGGAAUGCC